CAUUUUAUCAAUGCCCAUGCACAUGAAUUUAUCUCCAUGCGCCUGGAAAAGAUUCAGGAACAAGAGAAAAAAAAAUGUUCAUUGUGAUGUAAUGUUCAGUGUUCCUUUAUCCCAAUUCUGAGGAUUCUGAGUUUUCUGAGUGAUUCCAAUGUGAUUCAUACCCUGAAAAAAGUAAACAGGGAAUAAUUCAAGUUACUGUAAACAAAUAAAAACAACAAAACAAAAGGUGAAACUGGAUUAACAUUAGAAAUCAAGUGAAUGUUUCUCAUUGUGUGUGUUAAUUGUGAAGCAAAUUCAAUCAGGAUUAUGGAUAAAUGAGUUUAAUCAGUUAAUUUCUGUCUAAUUAUGUGGUCACCGGUUCAAACAAUUGGAAGGGUGAUUGAAGAUGAUUUCGCUAAUUGUGAAGAAGCUCCUAAUUCACGAAAUAAACACGCGAUGUGUACCACUGCCAAUGGACACAUUUACCUUAUGGGAGGUCGAAGUAGUAAUCGACCUUUGAAAGAUCUUUGGAAACUUGAUCCAGGUCAAAAUACAUGGGAGGAAGUUAAAUGCUGGGGUGAUCAACCUCCUAAUCUUCAGGAGCAUACAAUGAUUUCUUGGAAGGACAAACUGUAUGUUUUUGGAGGUGAAGUUGGUUUCUCAAGUUCAACUGAAACUCCUCUUUGGAUACUUCAUUUAGGUACAUGCAUUUGGAGACAAGGUAAUUCUGGACCAACUCGAUCUAAACCCGGAACUGUGAUGCAACCUUCAGGUCGUCGAGCUCAUUCAGCAGUUAUUUAUAAAGAUUCAAUGCAUAUCUAUGGUGGUUAUCAGGAUCUACGAGGGUCAUCAUCUGAAUUAUGGUCAUUCAAUUUGAAUUUGGAGCAAUGGCAUCUAGUUAGCUGUUCACUUCGAUGUUCUGAACAACCUUCACCAAGACAUUCACAUUCAGCGAUAGUUCAUGAAAACUGCAUGUGGAUCUACGGAGGAAUGACUGAUCUCCAAGAGAAAGGUGAUUUCUGGAAAUGGAAUUUCGAAUUGUCUCAAUGGAGUAAAGUUAAAUGUAGUAAAGGACCAGGUAAUCUUCAUAGUCACAGUGCGAUCAAAGCUUUUGGUUGUAUGUUUAUUUUUGGUGGUGAAAAAAAUGGUCAAUUGUUACAAGACUUGUGGCGAUUUCAUUUUGGUACAAAUUGCUGGGAGAAGAUUAAUAUUGUAGGUUUAAUGCCAAAUCCUCGUUGUCGUCAUACUGCUGUUGCUAAUCCCUGUGCGGAAAUUGAUGAUUGGGAUAAAGAGGAACACAAAAGUAUCGGUCGAACACAAUCAAAGUCAAGUUAUGCUUUAAGUAAAUCAACGUCCAAAUCAAGUAAUUUAAUGCCACCCAAAUCAAUCUCAAUGUGCUUUGGCUCCAAUCAAAUUCAGGAGACUCCUUUACAUGAACCCAAUAAUCUUAAUAAGUCAAAGGGUAACAGUGAUACCAACGCCAACACCUCAAACAACAACAACAACAACAACAAUAGUAAUCAUACCAACAAUUCAAGCAAAAAUAAUCUAAAUCAAAGUAGCACCAAAAACAAUAACAAUCGAAAUAAAAUUAAAUCAGCUAAAUUUCGAGUUCAUCCGAUGAAAUUAUGUUCCAAGGAAAGUUUCACAAUAUCGGACGAUGAAGAUGGUCAAGAGGGUCAAGAUGAAAAUGAUGAAAAUGGAGCAAAUAAUGGACAAAAUAAACAGAAUAAAAUGAGGAAAUCGUUGAAGGACAAAAUAUCUUCGAGUCGAUUGGUUCGUAGUAUAUCAUCAAGUAGUUACAAUAUUUUACACAAUCAGGCCAAUGGUUAUUCUGAGAAUGGUAAUAAUAAAAUUCAAGUGGAAAAUUUAACUCAACAAUCAAGUAUUGAUGGAAAAUCAAUACUCAAUGGAAACAAGAGAAUCAAUAACAUGAAUAAUUUCCAUCAGAAUUCAGUGGGUGAAGAGGAUGAUGAUUUGGUUGACGAUGAUGAUGAAGAUGAAGAAGUGGCUGUGGUGGAUAAGGAUGAUGCUCAUAGUGGUGAUGAAUUUGAAUGUGACCUCGACCUUUUACAAAUGUGUAAAAGUCAAAGUUCUGAGCCCGUUUUAGAGACUCAUCAUGAUUUUGUUGUUCGAAAACGAAUCGAAGGAGUUUUAAGAUAUGGUACAAAAGUUCGACCCAAAUCUGAAGUAUUAGAAGGUCUUUUUCACCUUGAAUCUUUAUUAGAACAUGGUGAAUAUGAUAUUCCACCUUCAUCAUCAAAUGGUGGUAAUGGUAAUGUUUGCUGUUCGGAUGUGGGCUGUUCAAUUCGAGGUGGACAUCGAAAUAAGAUGAUAAAUAAACGUCACACUGUAAGUGAAUCGAUGAGUUAUUAUUCACUUUGUUUUCCGUCUCCACCUUUUGCCCGUCGAAUCGAAUCGCCGGUGGAAACAUCAGCUGAUACUCCAAAUGGAAGUUCAAUCAAUGAUGAUGAAGAUACAAGUUCAACUUCCGUAACCACAAAUCAUGAUAAUGGAUCAACAACAAGUCACUCAAUCAGUAAAGAUGAUUACAAUAAGAUAAUGAUCGAUGGCGAUUCAAUGAUAAUCGAGACUCAUUAUCGAGAGCCAAUUUAUGAUAAUCAUCAGCUUCGUCCAACAUCAAAUCAACAGCAACAGCAACAACAACAACAACAACCAUCAUCAUCUUCAAAUACAACAAACAAUUUAAAUCAAUCAGAAUCUAUUCACUUUGAUGAUCAUUUUUACAAAGCUUUAGCAUCACCCGCCGAUGCUAUCGCAAGGACAAGCGGCUAUAACUCAUCGGCCACUUUGUACACACCAAGUAUAGAGAGUCAAGGUUUACCUCAUUCAGUUUCCCACUCUUCGGGUUAUCAUUCAUUCACCGAAGAUUCAUUUGACCCACCCUCCUCGUCUUCUGUAUACAAUCCUUUCCAUCAACAUCCUCAUCAUCCACCUCCACUUCCUCCUCAUCAUUACCAACAACAACAACAACAACAACAUGGACCACAACAUCACCCAACGAUAUCAACUUCUACUUCGACAUCAUUUGUACCACGACGAAUAUCUCGUCUUCCUCGUGACAAUUCAUCAUUCGAAUUGAAACAAUUAUCAUCUCUGCCUUUCCCCAAACAACCAGCAUCAACCACAAUCGACACUUCAACUGGUUUCAAUGUUCGAUUGAGUAAAGAUAUUCGAUCGCGUGCCCGUGAACGAGCUUCUCUUCGUGGACAAUCGUGCAAUCAAAAUCCAACCACAAUCAAUUCAACAUCAACUUCCACCACCAAUGGUUCAAAUUUCAACGAUAAUUUAACGCCAACCGGUGAAAAACUUAACGAUAACAAUCAAGAACUCUGGCAAAAAGCCAAUGUGAUAAAAGAAGAUGCAAUUUCCAGUUCACCAAAUUCCCGGAAAUGGUCAUCUCACUCUCCAUCUCGGAGUAAAGUUAAUCAUCACCAACUUUGCAUGUUUGUCUUUGGAGGCAAAGAAUUGACCAAUGGUCAACACAUGUAUAAACAGCCAAUUUCAGUCUGGAAAUUUUACAUUUGAAUUAUAAUCAAUUAGAUUAAUUAACUGAAACAAUGAAUCAAUCAUAAUCUAUUCAUCUGAUCAUCUCUCUCUCUCUCUCUCUCUCUCUCUCUCUCUCUCUCUCUCUCUCUCUCUAUUCAAUUAGCUAAUUAAAAAAAAAGUAAACUGCCAAUUAAUUCCUACGGAAUUAAACUUAAGAUAUAAAUGGAAACAUGCAAAGUUUUCGUGUCCACUACUCAAUUUUACUGGACAUCAAAAUAAUUCUCAUAAUUUUCUUCUUCUUCUUCGUAAUUAACUGUGCAUUCCAACAAUUAAAAUAACCUACAAAGACAAUUUAAUCACAUCAAAAUCUGGAACAUAUUCACAUCAUAAUCACACAACUUUAUCAACUAAUUUUUUGGAAGAAACUUUUUUUCAAUCGUAUAUAUUAUUAUGUAUACAAUAUAUAUUAAUAUAAUUAAUUAUCUACAAUUAUAAUGAUCAUUUUGAUUAUUCUUAAUCAACACACAAUUAAAAUGUAUACUCACCUUUUCUAGUCAGAUUCUUGAAAAAUCUGAGGUGAAAAUUAAUUUUUAACGAAAAAUAAAACAAUAGAAACAUUGAA